AUGCAAUCUGAUCCAUACGAAGGUGUAUACAGAGCAACCUACUCUGGAGUCCCUGUCUAUGAAAUCCUUAUCCAAGGCCAUCCUAUCAUGCGACGACAAAGCGACUCGUAUAUGAACGCAACACAAAUACUCAAGGUCGCCGGCAUUGAAAAGGGAAGACGUACCAAAAUCCUUGAACGCGAGAUCCUCAUUGGCGAACAUGAAAAGAUUCAGGGCGGCUAUGGCAAAUACCAAGGCACAUGGAUCCCAUUUGACACUGGCAAAGAGCUUGCUGAACGAUACGAUGUCUACCAUCUCUUGAAGACACUUUUCGAAUUCCAACCACCGGCUUGUGAGACAGACAUACCUAGCAAAGACGAGGUUUUUAAGGGAAGCGGCAAACAGCAUGCAGCAAGUAGUAGCAAUAGCAACAACCAUAACGGCGCAACAUCAUCCUCAUCACAACAAAAGCAACAACAGCAUUCUCCACCCCCUUCACCAUCAACAUCCAGCAUAGCAGCUUCGCCACAUCCUUCUAAACGACCACGGAUAUCCCACGAGGACGAUCGUAGUGCGUUAAUGGCCUUGUUCUUGGAUGAUGACUCUAGCACAUUUCCGGAUCUUUCUGAUAUUGAUAUUGACCUUGUGAUUGAUGACCAGGGUCACACAGCUUUACAUUGGGCAGCAUCUCUCGCACGUAUCCAUACUCUUGAAGCGUUGAUUGCACGAGGGGCCGAUCCAGCACGUGUCAAUUAUGCGGGCGAGACGGCAUUGAUGCGUAGUGUCAUGAUGAACAAUUGCUAUGAUACGGGAUGUUUUCCUAAAUUGUUGACGAUCCUACACGACACAAUCCAUCUUACAGACUACUAUCGACGCAACAUUUUCCAUCACACCGUUGUGGCAUCUGCUAUUGAUAAACACCAACACGUCGCCUUGUAUUAUAUGAAACACCUUUUCAACACCGUCAAAUCAUCACCUUCGAUCACCACCAUCACUCCUAUCACCAACUUUUCAUCGUCCUCAUCAUCACAAAACAGCAACACCAGCAUUCCAAGUCUCCAAUCUCUCGUUGACAUGCAAGAUAGCAAUGGAGAGACACCAUUCAACAUUGCAAAUCGAAUAGGUGCAAAGGAGCUAGCAGACAUGUUGGCUGAAUUCAAUCACGUUGACCCAAUAUCAUCACCGCAAUCACCAUCACAGUCAUUGCCAAGGAUAGAAACGACCUAUGCGCCUAAUCCUCGAGGAAAGGAGAUUGUAGCGACUGUUCAAAAACUUGUGGAUGCGUUGGAUGAGGACUAUACCACACAAUUACGAGAGAGGGAUGAAGAACUACAAAGGACACAACAAAAGCUAUGGGCAGUGACAUUACAGCUGAAUGAGGCACAACGAAAAUUGGAAGAACAUGAGAAACAACAACGACUUCAUGACAACAACAACAACAGCAAUACCGAUAAUCUAUUACACGACCUUGACAAUGCAAUUCAACCAAACGACAACGACCCUAGAACACGAGAACAGUGGUUAGAGGAGCGUAUCAGGAUAUUACAAAGGCAAAUCAACGCACAAAGCAAAUCACAAGAGGAUCUCACGGUGCAAGUCGAUUCUCUUCAAACACAAACAAGUGAACGAGAACAGCAAUGUAAACGAUUAAUUGCUGCAUGUUGCAAUCUACCACUGGAGCGAAUAGACACUUUGCUAGAACCACUACUUGCAGCUGUGGAAAGUGAUCCGCCGGAUUUAGAAUUUGGUCAAGUUGUUAGCUUCAUGGAGCAGUUGCGUCAAAACAGCAAUAAUAAACCUUCACCACUGGCGUAA